AUGGCGCGGCUGGAGACGGGUUUGUGGGGUGGAAGAGGGCUGGGCAGGAGAAGGCGCCCCUGGGAGAUGGAUUUGCGGGAGAGGGGUUGGCAGGAGAAGGCAUGGUGGGAGACAGUGCGGCCGGAGAUGGCCUUGUGGGAGAGGGCUCUGCGGGGACGGCAUGAAUAUAGUGAUGGUGGUAGCUUACCUCAAGGAAGAAAGAAAAGUUGGAGUUCUUUCCGAGGUAAUUUUGGCAAGAGGAACCCUCGUUAUGAACAUGGUGGAUAUAAGCCUCAGCCUUCCCACUUUCAGGAGGAUUAUAGAAACGUGAGGAUGAGGGAUGUCCAGGCGGACGUCCAAACAAGACAUGCUCCCUAUACCACUGACCACAAGAGAAGAGUGAAGUUGCAUAAUGAAGGCUGUAUCCAGAUUACUGUGUGGAGAAAUAAAAAAUUUCUUAAGGGAAAAGUUGGGGAGAAUGCACAAGAUGGAACCCUGGGGAGCUGGUUCAAGAUCAAAGUUCCUGAUGGGAUGAAGUAUGACAAGACAUGGCUAAUGAAUUCAAUCCAGAGACAUUGCAGUGUCCCUUUCACUCCAGUGGAUUUCCACUAUGUGAAAAACUGGGCCCAGUUCUUUGUCCAGGAUGCUAGCGCUGCCUCCGCAUUGAAGGAUAUCAGCUACAAGAUUUGUGAUGAGGAGAACAAAAAGAUACCUAUCUUUGUCAGUACUUCUGCUGUACCCUACUCUGUGCGGGAUAAGUUGGAGCCAAAGGAAAUGGAGCAGCUAAAGCUGACCAUGACCAAGCGAUAUGAUCCCUCCCAGAAAGCUCUUGACCUCCAGAGUCUUCGCUAUGACCCUGACUUGGUGGGCCUUGAUAUUGAUAUAAUCCUGAAUAGAAGAAACUGCAUGGCUGCCACCCUGCAGAUCAUCAAAAAGAAUUUCCCUGAGCUGUUGUCCUUGAACUUGCGCAACAACAAACUGCACCAGCUGGAUGGCCUGUCUGACCUUAUUCAGAUAGCCCCCACAGUCAAGAUCCUGAACCUCUCCAGAAAUGAGCUGAAGUCAGCAUGUGAGUUGGACAAGAUGAAAGGGCUAAAGCUUGAAGAGCUAUGGCUGGAAGAGAACCCCUUCUGUGGUACCUUCCCAGACCAGUCCACCUACAUAAGUGCCAUCAAGAAAUGUUUCCCCAAGUUGUUAUGCCUGGAUGGCCAGGCAUUACCACCACCAACUACUGUUGACAUUGACAAACCCUACUUAACAAAACCUUGCGAGGAAAGCUAUAAAAGAUGUGAGGCACUGAAGAGUCUAGUCAUGCAAUUCCUGCAAGAAUACUACUUUAUUUAUGACUCUGGAAACCGACAGGGUCUCCUUGGUGCUUAUCACGACGAGGCCUGCUUCUCCCUGACCGUUCUCUUCAAUCCCACGGACCAAGCCCCAAGCAGCUUGUUUGAGUACUUCAAGGAUAACAGGAAUAUGAAGAACCUCAAGGACCCCUUUCUGCGGGUUCAGCUGCUGAAGCAUACAAAACGUGACAUUGUGGGCUCCCUCUGUGUGUUGCCCAAAACUCAGCAUGACCUCCUCUCCUUUGUGGUGGACAUGUGGUUCCAGACGGAAAGGAUGCUCUGCUUCUCUGUCAACGGGGUGUUCAAGGAAGUGGAUGGAAAUUCUCAAGGUUCUGUGCGUGCCUUCAGCCGGACCUUCAUCGCUACCCCUGCCAGCUGUUCCGGUAUAUUCAUCGUAAAUGAUGAACUAUUUGUGAGAGACAUCACCCCCAGAAAGACUCAAAGUGCAUUCUCCAUCCAAGUGCCGGCACCCAUCUCAAGCUCUGGGCCCAACCUCUCCCAGCAGCAGCAGGAAAUGGUGCAGGCUUUCUCCACCGAGUCUGGGAUGAGCCUCCAGUGAACUCAGAAGUGA